AUGGCAUCGAAAUGUCCUGCUUCAAAAAUUACUGAAGAAAUGCGAUCGUAUGUAUUAAAGGAACACAAUAGGCUUAGAUCGCAGUUAGCAAACGGUGAAGCAAGAGCGAAAUCGAACGGACUUAUGCCAAGAAGUUCGAACAUGCAUGAAUUGGAGUGGGACUGCGGCCUGGAAGAAAGAGCGCAACAGUGGGCUGAAUAUUGCGAUUUCGAGAUUCAACGCAAGAAUUCCGUAAUUAUAGCGGUGAGAAUUUAUAAAAAACAAUUCGAAGAUGCGAUAGAAGGAUGGUGGUGGGAGGAAAUAAAAGAUAUGCCAGCACAUUCUACUAUGGAUGGUACUCCAGGAAGUGUUUUGCAUUUUACUCAGAUGGCGUGGGCAAUCACAAGCAAACUUGGCUGUGGAAUGGCUAAAUGCAACAGUAAUAAUGAAUAUUCAUUUAGGGUCCAUGUUAUUUGCCAUUAUGGCCCAAGGGGAAACUCGGAUAAUAUGAUCUAUGAAGAAGGUGAACCAUGCAGCAAGUGUUCAGAUUACGACAGAAUAUGUAAUGGUAAUGGCCUUUGUGCUGUUGGUGAUGAAUCUGCUGAAGCGCGCGAUGAUGAAGAAACUUCAAGCGAAGAACAGCUUAUAAACCAUAAAGAAAUCGAAUUGCUGACUGAAAAAAUCCUGAAGCAUCAAAAUGAAGCGAUUAUGCCCAGCGAAACUAAAAAUCCUAGUGAAAAAGAAAUUUCGAAUGAAGAGCCUAAAGAAGAGCAUAUAAACCAGGAAAAAACCGAGCUGGAUGAAGUCGCCGUUCCUCAGGACGGACCGAUAAUAUCAACAGAAAUUGAAAAGCCUAGUGAUGAAGAGACUCCAAGUGAAGAGUCUAGACAAAAACAUGCUAAUUAUGAAAAAAACAAAUUGCCGCCGAAAAAACUCCCAGAGCAUCAGAAUGAAGCAGUCAUUCCAAGCGGAACUGAGGAGCCUAGUGAAAAAGAAACUUUAAUCGAAGAGCCUAAAGAGGAAUAUAUAAACUAUGCAGAAACCGAGUUUCCAAUGGACGAAGUCACAGAGAAGCCUCAUGAUCAACAAAUAAUAUUAGAGGAAGCUGAAAAACCUGAUGAUGACGAAACUCCAAGUGAAUUACCUAAAGAAGAACCUGCAAGCUAUGCAGAAAUCGAGUUGCCAACAGAAGUCACAAAAAUUUUGCCAAAGGACGAAGUCACUGGACCUCAGGAUGAGCCAAUAGUACGAAGGAAAAUUGAAAAACCUGGUUAUGAAGAAACCCUAAGCAAACGACCUGAAGAAGAUCCUGCAAACUAUGCGGAAACUACGCCGCCAACAGACAAAGUCACGGAAUCUCAGGAUAAAUUGAUAAUGCCAGCAAAAACUGAAAAAUUUGGUGAUAAUGAAACUCCAAGUGAACAGCCUGAACAAGAACCAGCAAACGAUGCAGAAACCGAGUUGCCAGCUGAAGUUACAGAAACUUUCGCUGGAUCUCAGAAUGAACCAAUAGUACCAUGGAAUAUUGAAAAGCCUGGUUAUGUAGAAACUCCAAACAAACGGCCUGAAGGAGGGCCUGCAAACUAUGCGGAAACUGCGCCGCCAACAGACAAAGUCAUGGAAUCUCAGGAUAAAUUGAUAAUGCCAGCAGAAACUGAAAAAUUUGGUGAUAAUGAAACUCCAAGUGAACAGCCUGAACAAGAACCAGCAAACGAUGCAGAAACCGAGUUGCCUGCUGAAGUUACAGAAACUUUCGCUGGAUCUCAGAAUGAGCCAAUAGUACCAUGGAAUAUUGAAAAGCCUGGUUGUGAAGAAACUCCAAGCAAACGACCUGAAGAAGGACCUGCAAACUAUGCGCCGCUAACAGAUGAAGUCACGGAAUUCCAGGAUGAACCAAUAAUGCAGGAAAAAAAGCCUGAUGAGCAAGAAACUCCAGGUGAAGAGAUAGUUAAUAAAGGAAAAAUAGAUGUAUCAACAGAACCUAUUCUAUCAAAGUUUUUUAGUUACUAUUUAAGAUAA